GCGAGCCACGGGGAGCGCGGGGGCGGCCCGGAGCGCCCCGGGUCCCCGCACCCCGCUCGCCCGCCGCGCUCCGAAGAUGGUGGCGGCGCCGUGCGCCCGGAGGCUGGCCCGGCGCUCGCACUCGGCGCUGCUCGCGGCACUCACCGUGCUGCUGCUGCAGACGCUGGUCGUGUGGAAUUUCAGCAGCCUCGACUCCGGGGCCGGGGAGCGCCUCGGGGGCGCAGCGGUCGGCGGCGCCGAGCAGCCGCCUCCGGCCCCGGCCCCGCGCCGCGAGCGCCGGGACCUGCCUGCCGAGUCGGCUGCAGCCCGAGGAGGCGGCGGCGGCCGCGGAGGACUGGGGCCCCCAGCGCGGGCACGGGGAGGCGGCGCCGGAGAACCCUGGGCACAGCAGCCGGCCAGCCGGGGGGCACUGCCCGCGCGGGCGCUGGACCCACACCCAAGUCCGCUGAUCACCCUGGAGACCCAGGAUGGCUACCUCUCUCACCGGCCAAAAGAGAAAGUGCGAACGGACAGCAACAACGAGAACUCGGUCCCCAAAGAUUUUGAGAAUGUGGACAACAGCAACUUUGCACCAAGGACUCAAAAGCAGAAACACCAGCCUGAGUUGGCAAAGAAGCCCCCAAGCAGACAGAAGGAGCUUUUGAAGAGGAAGCUACAGCAGGAGAAGGGGAGAGGACAUUCGUUUCCUGGCAAAGGCACCAAUGAGGUGCUACCUCCUGGCGAGGGAGCUGCAGUUAACAGCAGCCGUGGGAAGGAUGCCCCCGGCCAGCCCCAUGCCAGGAAAAGCGGGGGUAGCUCCCCUGAGCUCAAGUAUGACCAACCCCCCAAGUGCGACAUCUCUGGCAAGGAGGCCAUCUCCGCCCUGUCCCGCGCUAAGUCCAAGCACUGCCGCCAGGAGAUCGGGGAGACCUACUGCCGCCACAAGCUCGGGCUGUUGAUGCCAGAGAAGGUGACUCGGCUGUGCCCCCUGGAAGGCAAAGCCAACAAGAAUGUCCAGUGGGAUGAGGAUUCAGUGGAGUACAUGCUAGCCAACCCAGUCCGAAUUGCUUUUGUCCUGGUGGUCCACGGCCGCGCCUCUCGGCAGCUUCAGCGCAUGUUCAAGGCCAUCUACCACAAAGACCACUUCUACUACAUCCACGUGGACAAGCGCUCCAAUUACUUGCAUCGCCAAGUGCUCCAGUUUGCCAGCCAGUACGACAAUAUCCGUGUCACCCCCUGGCGGAUGGCCACCAUCUGGGGAGGAGCCAGCCUCCUGUCCACAUACCUACAGAGCAUGCGGGACCUCCUGGAGAUGACCGACUGGCCCUGGGACUUCUUCAUCAACCUCAGCGCAGCCGACUACCCCAUCAGGACAAAUGACCAGCUGGUGGCAUUUCUCUCCCGAUACCGAGAUAUGAAUUUCUUGAAGUCACACGGCCGGGACAAUGCAAGGUUCAUCCGGAAGCAGGGCCUGGACCGGCUUUUCCUGGAGUGCGAUGCCCACAUGUGGCGCCUGGGGGAUCGGCGGAUCCCAGAGGGCAUUGCUGUAGAUGGUGGUUCAGAUUGGUUCCUACUGAACCGGAAGUUUGUGGAGUAUGUAACAUUCUCUAGAGAUGAUCUCGUGACUAAAAUGAAGCAGUUCUACUCCUACACCCUGCUUCCUGCUGAGUCCUUUUUCCACACGGUCCUGGAGAAUAGCCCUCACUGCGACACCAUGGUGGACAACAACCUGCGCAUCACCAACUGGAACCGCAAGCUGGGCUGCAAGUGCCAGUACAAGCACAUCGUGGACUGGUGCGGCUGCUCUCCCAACGACUUCAAGCCCCAGGACUUCCACCGCUUCCAGCAGACAGCCAGACCCACCUUCUUUGCCCGCAAGUUUGAAGCCGUGGUGAAUCAGGAGAUCAUUGGGCAGCUGGACUAUUAUCUGUACGGGAACUACCCUGCAGGCACCCCUGGCCUCCGCUCCUACUGGGAGAAUGUCUACGACGAGCCCGAUGGCAUCCACAGCCUGAGUGAUGUGAUGCUCACCUUGUACCACUCCUUCGCCCGCCUGGGCCUCCGGCGGGCUGAGACCUCGCUGCACACAGACGGGGAGAACAGCUGCCGGUACUAUCCAAUGGGCCACCCAGCCUCUGUCCACCUCUACUUCCUUGCUGACCGCUUCCAGGGCUUUCUGAUCAAGCAUCAUGCUACAAAUCUGGCAGUGAGCAAACUCGAGACGCUGGAGACAUGGGUGAUGCCAAAGAAAGUCUUCAAGAUCGCCAGCCCACCCAGCGACUUUGGGAGGCUUCAGUUUUCCGAGGUUGGCACUGACUGGGAUGCUAAGGAGCGGCUCUUCCGCAACUUUGGAGGUCUCCUGGGGCCCAUGGAUGAGCCCGUGGGCAUGCAGAAAUGGGGGAAGGGCCCCAACGUUACCGUGACCGUCGUGUGGGUGGAUCCCGUCAAUGUCAUCGCAGCCACCUACGACAUCCUGAUUGAGUCCACAGCUGAAUUCACCCACUACAAACCCCCGUUGAACUUGCCCCUGAGGCCUGGGGUCUGGACAGUGAAAAUUCUCCACCACUGGGUGCCAGUUGCAGAGACCAAAUUCCUCAUCGCACCUCUGACCUUCUCCAACAGGCAGCCCAUCAAACCAGAGGAGGCACUGAAGCUGCACAACGGGCCCCACCGCAGCACCUACAUGGAGCAGAGCUUCCAGAGCCUGAACCCUGUCCUCAGCCUGCCCAUCAGCCCUGCCCAGGUGGAGCAGGCUCAGAGGAACGCAGCCUCCACCGGCACUGCGCUGGAGCACUGGCUGGACUCGCUGGUGGGCGGGAUGUGGACCGCCAUGGACAUCUGUGCCACAGGCCCCACCGCCUGCCCGGUCAUGCAGACCUGCAGCCAGACGGCCUGGAGUUCCUUCAGCCCUGACCCCAAGUCAGAGCUGGGGGCAGUCAAACCCGACGGCCGGCUCAGGUAGCACCGGGCAUGCGUGGAUCACAGCGGAUGUUAAAGGGAACACAGCCAGAGGGCCAGUGGGGCCUGGACCCUGGCCUCCCAACCAGGGGGUGCCUUUUGUGGGAGGGGCCCUCCUAGCCAUAGAAUGAUGGAGAAGGAAAGUUCUGGGGCCAAAGCAGGGCUUGCCGAUGACCUGCAUUUGGUAAGCUGGCUCCUGGGGGCGUGGUCUUACCUCUUCUGGCUGAUUCUCAAGUCCUACAGGGUCCUUGUCUUCCCCCUCCAAUGACCCAACCCCCGAGACAAGUAAUUCUCAAACUUUUACUUUGAGCAGCAGAACUUUGUUUACUAAGCGCAGUCGUGGGUGGGAUCAAGGCGCAGAUGAAAUCCAGGCUGCUCUGGUUGAAGCUGGGGAGAGGGAGGUUCUUUCUCAAAGCUCAGCCCAAUGGGCAGUCCCUUUGCCAAGGGCAUCUCCUAAAGGUACCUCUUCAGAACCUAAGGGCUCUGCAAAACCCAGUUUGAAAAGCACUGCCCAGAUGGUGGGUUUGAUCUCCAGCCCCACCCUUCCGCUCAUCUUUCCACUCCUCUGGUCCAGGAAACCCUUGUGCCAGCCCUGAAAUGACAUGGGAAGUCAUGCUCAUGGGCUUCUCUCCUGGGGGGCAGCCGACUCAGGAUGCCCUGAAGCCUCCCACCAGCCCUUCUUCUUAGCAGCUAGAUGAGCAGGAAAGCCUUGUGGUGCAACAUGGCCGAGGUCCACCAAAGUGAGACUGCCAGUGUCCUGGGUUCCAGGCCACCCUCCCUCAAGGAAAAAUAGGAUGAUAAUGAACCCCAAGUCUCCAACCGUUCAUGGGCCAGGACACCAAGACCAUGACCGUGUUGAUCGUUGACAGUGGGAGCAGGAGGGUCCACGGCCAUGAAACUCAUAGAGGUUGUUUGGAGCAAAGCUCCUGAGCUAGACAGCACAACGGUAUCCAUCACCUGCCUGAGCCUUUCCUUUCUGAGGUCAGGCGCCCCAGAGCUUUGUGAAUUGCACACUCGGUGCUGUUGGGAGUGACCAAAUCGCAUGGACCAGACUUUUCACAUCAAGGAAAAAGCAUUUCCGAUUUGGUUUUUAAAUUCAUGCCCUUCCUUACCGGAGGUACCAAGAGGCCCAUCUGACGUGCAGUGUAAAAGUGGGAAGCUUGAGUAUCUGGUUGUUUAAAACCAAAACAACCGUAUUGUUCACAAGGCCCGAGUUCCCAGAAACCUGGAGGGUUUCCUUGCCAUGUGCCCCUUGGAGUGACCCCUGCUCCUCUGAGAGCCCCUCCCCAGGGGCCCCCUUCCUCCUCUGAUCCCACCCUCCCCCAAAGGACAGGGUUCCCGUGGACCUGUGCCACCCCAGUUGCAAACUGUCCUUCCCAGGAGAGCCAGGCCUUGGUGUGUCUCUCCUGUGUGAGUUUGAAGGUACUACAGUUCCCUCUGAUGACUUUCAGCUGUUGCCCCCGAAACCACCCCAUCCCCCACCCAGCAAGGCAGGAUGUCCUAUGGGCAAUGGAGGAUAUAGAGAAAGGACACUUUAGAUAUUUAUUAUUUAUAAGUUUUAGUCAAUGACUAAUUAGUAGGUGCUGUUUUUGCAGCUUGUCAAUUAUGUUAUCUCACUAACUGAGGCUGCCUUUAUUCACUAAAGGUCCCCCCCAGCCCUUCUCCUCCUUCCUCUCCUUCCCACCCGUUAGUGUCUCCCUGCUGCCAUUUCUCUCUCUCUCAGUUUCUCUCUGUGUGUCUGCCCUACAUUCUCCAUGUCCUCAGAGGGCAGCAGGGGUGUUGGACACCAUGAGGAGAACACUUCGACCAGCAACAUCCACAGUCUGAUGUGGGGUAACUUGGGGAACACUGAAGCCUCACUUUUCCUCAUGCAGGUGUUAGCCUCAUCCAGACCUCCAUUUCUGGGGGUGCUGGAAUUCCUGAGCCAUCCCCGCUCCCCGCCCCAGGCACAGGGGCAGGACUGGCCAACCACUUGUCAAAGCAGGGAUCUUGGGCUGUCCCUGCUUCGUCCCUUGCUGACCUUCCUUAGCGAGUCUAACCAUGAAGCUCCAUGUAACAUGACAAGAUG